CCGGUGCGGGCAGCGGGAGGAGACGGCGGGACGGGGUGGCCCGGCUCCCGGGGCUGUGGGAGAUGCUGAACAGAGGCUGAGCCGCCGACUGUCCGUGACUGCGGCGGGGCACGGGCCUCCGCUGGGACCCAGGAUGGGCCGGCUGUGGCUGGCCGUCUCCGUGCUCCUGUCCCUGGGCUGCGAGCCCGUGGCUGCCGGACCGUCAGACUUGCCCGGGGUGAGGCGGCACUGUCAGUCUGGAGCCUGCAACCCCCGCCUGGGCAACCUGGUGAUAGCCAGGCAGCUGAAGACCACCUCCACCUGCGGCAACCACUCCGCCGAGCUCUUCUGCUCCUACGCCGGCCCGGGCUGCGAGGCCGCCGCCGAAUGCGGCAAGUGUAGCGCCGGCCGGAGCCGCCGCCACUCCCACCGGCCAGCCGCCAUGACCGACUCCUCGUUCCGCUUUCCCAGCACCUGGUGGCAGUCAGCUCAGGGGAGUCACAGGGAAACCAUCCAGUUGGACCUGGAGACCCAAUUCUACUUCACGCACCUCAUCAUGAUCUUCAAGUCCCCCCGGCCUGCUGCGAUGGUCCUGGAGAGAUCUCAAGACUUUGGUUUGACCUGGAAACCAUAUAAGUAUUUUGCCCGGAACUGCAGUGACACCUUUGGGCUGCCGGAUGACCUCCACUGGCCUGGGGCAGUUUGUACGUCCAGAUAUUCUGAUCCAUUCCCUUGUACCCGAGGAGAGGUUAUAUUCCGUGCCCUCUCUCCGCCGCACUCUGUGCAGGACCCAUACAGCCUUCAAGCUCAAGAAAUGUUGAAAGUCACCAACAUCCGUAUACGAAUGCUCAAGCGCCAGCCGUGUCCCUGCAUGACACGUGCGACCGGCCUCAAACCACAGACGUUUGCGCAUUAUGCAGUCUAUGACUUUAUCGCGAUGGGCAGCUGCUUCUGCAAUGGCCACGCUGAGCAAUGUGAGCCAGCCGAGGGCUUCACACCAGAGCAGGACAACACCCAGACCAUGAUCCAUGGCAGGUGUAUCUGUGAGCACAACACGAUGGGUGAGCACUGCGGGAGCUGUGCGCCCCUGUAUAACGAUCGGCCUUGGAGACCUGCAGACGGGAAGAAGGGAGUGGCGAACCAGUGCCAAAAAUGCAAUUGCAAUGGCCAUGCACAAAGCUGUCAUUUUGACCUCGGUGUGUGGCUGGCAUCGGGUAAUCACAGCGGCGGAGUGUGUGACAACUGUGAGCACAACACGGAGGGGCAUCACUGCCAACAGUGCCAGCCGGGCUUCUACAGGAACCUCAGGGUACCACCCUCUGCCCCAGACACCUGCCUGCCCUGCUCCUGCCAUCUUGUUGGCUCCACCACCGUGCUCCUGAUGCCGGCCCCGCCCUGUGACCCCGACACCGGUCACUGUCUGUGUAAGCCCGGUGUGGCCGGACCCCACUGUGACAAGUGUCUGUUGGGAUACUGGGGUCUUGGAGAAUAUGGCUGUCGACCAUGUGACUGCGCAGGGAGCUGUGACCCUUACACUGGGGACUGUACUGGCAGCCCUGCGGAUACAGGCUGGUACCAAGGGUCCCCCAGCCGCGGCCAUUCCUCUGCACUUGCUGGAAGGGAUCCCACCUGGAACUGGGAGGAUGAGCAAGGCUUCUCCGCUCUUCGACAUUCAGGGAAGUGUGAGUGCAGAAGCCAGGUCUUAAAAAAUCCCCAAUUAUUCUGCAGCAUGAAGUAUACCUUUGUGCUGAAAGUAAAGAUUCUCUCAGCUCACGACAAGGGGUCACAUGCAGAGGUCAACGUGAAGGUCAAGAAGGUGUUUAAGUUGACCAAGUUAAAGAUUCACCGGGAAAAGCGAGUCCUGUACCCGGAAUCCUGGACAAACAGAGGCUGCACGUGCCCAGUUCUGAAUCCUGGUAUGGAAUACCUCAUAGCGGGGCAUGAGGAUGUCCACACUGGCCGGCUGAUAGUCAACAUGAAGAGCUUCGUCCAGGCUUGGAAGCCAGAUCUGGGGCGGAGAAUGGUACACAUCUUGAGAGCAGAGUGCUAGUGGAGCUGGUGCCUUACACCAGAGUGUGGUUUCCCAAGGUGUCGAGAGCAGGUCUCUGUCCUGAGGGAAACGUUGAGCGGAGAAUUGUUACGUUAACGCUCUAGGGGAACUGUUGCACAUCUAAGCAUUUGCUGAACUGGUUGCAAUCUAAAUCUGUUCGACUCCUUGAAUUCAUGUGUCUCCCUUCUGAAAGAAGACUCUUGCUUUUUUUAUAUAACGCACUUUAUUAGAUGUUGGUCAUGGCAAGGGAAAGGUUAUCAGACGGGCAACUUGAAAAGUAAGUGUGGAUGACAAGAGGUCAGAUAGCAGGGGUUCAGUGGAAUGACCUGCUUCCAUCCGUAGCAUUGAGAAGGACUUUGGCUCAGAGGAGCUUUAUCUGAAAGUAAGGUAAACUGGAAUUUUUUUGAUCCGACAGCUGAUUGUUGGCUUCUUGUGUGCUGAGAUCAAGGACUGACCAAGGAUAAGUGAAGCUGGGCGUCUCUGACUCCUGGCCUGAAGAAGCAGUUGCCUUUCAUGGCCACUGAAUGUCCUUAAAGAGAUUGUGCCGUGCGAUGUGGUUCUGAGUUUGUGUCUGCAUAUACCACUGGACCCAACGAAUAAAAAUAAGUUUUCCGCAGCUGAACGAUAGUUUUUUUUGUAGAUGUAAACGUUAUGCACUGGAUUUGAAAGGGAAAAUUGCAGUGUUACACGAUGAUAUGCUGUGUAGACUUUGAAUGAUGAUGUAUAGCUAUGUGGAUGCACUUCGCAGUCCUAUGGAUUUGCAACAUUUGACAUUUUGCCAUUUUUUUUUACUUAAUUCAUGAAAUAAAAUUGGCACAGAUUUAG